AUGCAUCGUGGCAGCGUUGUGUCGAGUUCCUCGGACACUCCCAGUGGCCUGGAUUUCGAGACGUCACUCCACAAUCUAUCACAAGGGCAAAACUUAACCCAAGCGAUUGAGGAGGCGGAGAUAUUACUAAAAGGUCUUUCAUGGUUUGGCUCCGAGCAGUCCGUGUUGCUGUGGGAGGCUGCUGAGUACCUCUUUCAUCAUGAAAGCUCGUUGGAUGCUCGGCAAAGUGGUGCCAGAUUAUUAGAAACGAUCGCGGCCCGUCAAGAUCUGUCUCCGUCAGCUAGACGGCUGGUUUUUGAAUCGAUAACUUCUCCAGCCGAGCCGGAUGUGAUUUCUGCGCGCGUACAGUCGUUGAUCUCUCUAUCAGAUCAUGGCAGGAAAUUGGAUUUCGCGGGCUCCUCAAUUCUCCUUAUCAUCUCCUUGUGGAUUGUUCCCUUCUAUGAGACAAUCGCAUCUGCGCGAUCAAAGGCGAAAAAGGGAAAAGUGGUUAAACCACAUGGACCCAGUCACGAUGAAGCAGUGUUUGGAGAUCUCUUCCAAUUUGCAGUUGACCUGAUCACUUUGCAGAGAAAACAGCCAACCCAGGAUGAGAUCGAAAUGCUUCUUGCAGAAAUCUUUGCGGUUUGCAAGAGAACCAGUGUUGCAGCGGAUCUUAAAAACUCCUUGGCCGUGUUCGACGCUGUCAUUAUGUAUGCCGAUGUGCCUGACAUAAGCUUCCCAACUCUCCUGGAUGUCCUUUGCAGCAUCCAUGCAUCAGUCAAACCUCUCUCUGGGCCCACCUCGCGAGUAGUGCGCAAUCUGGCCAAAUCACGAAGACAGGCUGAGAUGGUGAACACGCUUCAUAAAUUCCUGAGAGAUUCGUGCGCCAUCGAGCAAAGUCGGAACUUGAAUGUCCUCCGUGGCACGCUUUAUGUGUUCUCGGAUUUUGUUCGUGCUUAUGGACAAGAUGGCAUUCCCGAGCUUCCAUUUGACCAACUGAUGGAGUCAUUGCAUGUGAUUGCCCAAAAAGACGAUAGCAGAGUGGAUGCCGACCUUUUGGAUCUGUGUCUCAACAUUCUGGAAGGAGACUAUGUUCGAGUCGCAUUAGAACGGGAUUGGAUGGCAUUUGCUAAUCUUCUCAAACUCUGUUCUCGCAGGCUCGUAGACGAGUCAGUGCCGUCCCCCACUUCUGCGACUAGCCCUCAGCUCAAACCUACUUACGACGAAACCAAGUCCUACAUCCUGGCAAAUCUCAUCCGCAUUGCUUCUGUGCUUGAAUCACAGUGGGAACAACUCAACAGAGAGCAAAAACAACAUGCGGUCCGGUUCCUCACAAACAUAUACCAGCACAUUGAGCCUCCACAAGCUGAACUCAUUCUCCACUCGAUGAGAGAAGACAAAUUUUGUGAUCCUUCCAGUAACUCAAAUUGGGCUCAGCAUUGCCGUGAGCUAAUCGAGUGUUACGUUCAACCACGAAAACAAAGUUCGGACAUCCGUAUCCUAGCUUUGGACACGUUGAAAGAAGCUCUUUCCGGCCAUGAGGAUUUGCUGUUCUCCCAGGAGCAUGGCCUUCUCGGGUUUCUAUUGAAGGAUUUCUCGGCAGAGCAUGACUAUCUUUUCUUAGAGUCCCUGGUGUCUUUGUUAACCGACCCUGCCAUACAACAUAGUGAUGAUGAUACGUUCAAUUUGCUGAUAAGCACCAUCGGAGCGCCGAUGCAGACGGAGCUCAAUCGAGACGAACCGCGCGAGCAUCCUCCAAGCCAUGGGUCUCAACGUCGUACGUCCACCACGAGCGUCUUGGAGUUAAGCUUGUCAAACGUCUGUGCUGUGAGUCUCGUAAAGAUGAUGCUGCGUGCCUUGAACUUCUCCUCGGCCAAAGCUGUGAUGAUUUUCGAGGCACUUCUAGACAUUGCUCAAUCUCCAAGCCGACCAAUAGAUUCUCGUUUGACGGUCUUAAAGCUACUAUUCCGACUGCGAUGUGACUCGGCCGGUUCAGUCACGGUCAUAUCAACAUCGGAGAGUGACUUCUUGAUGAACGUGCUGGGCCGCAAUCUCGACGCUGGCUCUAUGUUACAAGCCCCCGGCGAUAGCUCCGCCCGCGAGAUUCCUCAGCAAGAGAAUUCACCAGUCUCACCAACCGGAAAGAAUCCACCGAGAGACUCUGCCUCAACCCCUAUUUCAAAGUCGGCCCCAGGGCGCGGCUCAAUCUCUGCCCGUGGAUCAAAAUUGAUGGCCCCAGUGUGGACAUAUGCGCUACCACAGGUGCUUCCAGAGCAGCCACCUGGAGAAUCUAGCCCUGUGGUGUUUGCCUACGCCCACCUGGAGGAAUCGACCCCCGCUGAAUCACCAACAAGAGAAACAAGAACCACGGGGCUAUUGAAGGUCAAGAUGUGGCUCGAAGUUGUGAUCACCUUGUUACAGCGAGAAGCCGACUGGGACGUUUACAGCUAUAUCCUCACUCAUAUCGGACCUCAGCUUGGCAACAAAGACUUUUUUAGCGAUGCCAUCCCUCAGAUCACGCUCCUUCGCAGCAUUCUGUGCGAUCAGGUCAAGAACGGAACUUUCCACGAGCCUCCUGAGAGUACCGGAUUGAAAAAGAGCGAUGUUGCUGCCUGCAUCUUCGACGCGCUUUGCAUGCUCGUCAGCUAUCACGAACACUUUGCCAAGAGUGAAGAGGAUGAUCUCGUCCGAGCUUUCAUGCAGGGUAUCAUCGGAUCAUGGGGCGGCACAUCCCGUGGGUGCAUUCAAGCACUGUCACUCUGUUGCCAUGAAAUCCCAAUGUCAGUCACGAAAUCCUUGAAUAGCAUUCUUGAUAGGAUGUCAAAGGUGAUCACCAUGUCAAACAUUGCCGUCCAUAUUUUAGAAUUCCUAGCCCUGCUUGCCCGAUUGCCCGAUGUUUACGUCAACUUGCGUGAGGAGGAGAUCCGCACUGUGUUCGGCAUCUGCAUUCGGUUUUUGCAGACCUCUCGAGAGCAUCGGUACAAAGCCGCUGAGUUGGCAGCUAGGGCCUCUUUGUCGGCCCAAUCCCCUCAGUCUAAGCUGAUUACGGGGGCAAAGGAAAUCGCCGCCCAUGCAGCUGAGGCUGUCGAGACCUCGCAAGAUGGAAUGUCGAAGUACAUCUCGAAUCUCACCUACCAUGUCAUGGUCUUCUGGUUCUUGUCUAUGAAACUCCAAGAUCGAUCCAAACAUGUGAAUUGGAUUACCAGCAGGCUCAUCUAUCACGAUGAACAUGGAAAAGAGGUGGUGGAAGAACAAAGCCAAGUUUUUAUUGAUUUGAUGCAGCGAGUUGCUUAUUCGGAUCUCGGAGAGACCAUCCCUUUCGAAACCUUCCCUCCCUCGCCUGAGGAUGGCCCGGUUGCAAAGAAAUCCUGGAUUGUCGGCAUGAGUAUCGUCACUGUCGAGAGCGCCGGAUUGUCUGGAUUGUCUCAGAUAACGAAGCGCCAGGCAUCAGGUACCACCUACUCCGUCUAUCAACAGCGGACGGCCCCAGUUUUGCCGCAUCAAGCUCCUCCAACUCCAGAUGCUCAUUUGCAUUCCGACUCCAUGCGCACGGCAAUUCUUCCGAGUCAUAUCAUGCUUCAGCUGACUACCACUGCCUUCCCUACGCCUUCUGUCAUGCAACCCAUCCCGGUCCCAGAAGACGACAUCACUCGACGUGCCAUCAGUAACUUCGAUCGCACCGAUAUUGUGGACGGUCACCGGAUCGGCAUUGUUUAUAUUGACAAUGGCCAGACAAAGGAGGCUGAUAUAUUAGCCAACACUGGUGGCUCUGUGGAUUAUGAACAUCUGCUGUCAGGAUUGGGAACCAAGGUAUCGCUGCGGAACCCCCAGUUCAAUCCACAAGGAUUGUAUGCCGAUACUGAUGGAGAAUACACUUACGCUUGGCGGGAUCGGGUGACUGAAAUUGUGUAUCAUGUUGCCACGAUGAUGCCCACGGACUUUGACCGUGACCCAGCCUGCGUCAAUAAGAAACGAAAUCUUGGCAAUAACCAUGUCACCAUCGUGUUCAACCGGUCCAACUUGCCCUUCAACUUUGACACCAUUCCAUCCGAGUUCAACUCUAUUAAUAUUGUCAUCACCCCGUCCUCCCGGAUUGCCUACGACGAAAGUGGCAAUGCUGAUGGUGAGACAGACCCGCAAAAGCUCCACUACAGCGUGCAGGUCCUGAGCAAGCCCGGAUUCCCAGAAGUCUCACCUGCUGCGGCACCAAAGGUCAUCUCCGGCAAGAACCUGGCAGCCUUCGUUCGCAUUCUUGCCCUCAAUGCAUCCGUCUUCUCGCUUGUCUGGAACAACAAGGGUGGCGAGCACACCUCAUCCUGGGCCACCCGCCUGCGGGAGAUCAAGAAAGUUCGCGAGCGGGCUCUUGCAGCCCACAGCCACGGCUCUGAGGCCACCGAAGGGGCUUAUCCAGGUCUACGGCGGAACACCAAAGCCAACAUCUUCUCCGAGGAACUACCCUCUCGUGUCCCUCAAGUGCAGACCGAUUUCGCGGCAGAAUGGAAUGCAGCAGCCGACACGAACAUUCUCCAGAAUUUGGAUUUCUCCCGCUGGGCCCGCUGA